AUGUGGGAUUUCUGGGGUCUUCGCCCAGAAAGCAUACAUCAGGUUAUGUUCCUGAUGUCGGAUCGCGGUACCCCAGACGGUUUCCGUCAUAUGAACGGUUAUGGCUCACACACAUUCAAGAUGGUCAAUGCUGAGGGAAAGGCAGUAUAUUGCAAAUUCCACUUUAAGGCUCAAAAGAUCAAGAAUCUUAUGGCUGAUGAAGCGGCGCGUCUAGCAGGAGAAGAUCCAGAUUAUGCUAUCCGCGAUCUGUAUAACGCUAUCGAGAGAGGCGACUAUCCAGAGUGGAAAUUCUGCAUCCAGGUGAUGACAUUCGAGCAAGCUGAGAAAUGGCCGAUGAAUCCCUUUGAUGUGACGAAAGUAUGGCCUCACAGUGAAUUCCCGUUGAUUCCGGUCGGGAAGAUGGUGUUGAACAGGAAUCCAAAGAACUACUUUGCGGAG